AUCAGCUGCGGUAUGGUCAGUAGUUAGACACUACAAGAUGUCGCUGAACGUACAGAAAUUUGUAAUUUCAUGUAUCGAUGUUGAAGGAUGAAAUUUAACUUGAUAAUCUUUCAUUCAGAUCAUUUUAAGCCUCGUGACUAGUCGACAUCGCAACGUGCUGCGGUUUUUCAUUUUAUCUUUUUUUGAGUACCUUGUUCUCCAAAAAAAUAAAUCACUUGAGGACCUACUUAAAGACUCAUUAUUGUUUCGUUGAUUGUUCAAGUGUCUUAUAAUACAUACUGCCGAAAUGAGCAAUCAAAAGACUGUGCCAAAUUCGAUAAAGUUCCUUUUUGGUGGAACUGCAGGAAUGGCUGCAACAUGUUUUGUCCAACCAUUAGAUUUGAUAAAAAAUAGAAUGCAGUUAAGUGGUACUAAAGUAUCCACAAUGAGUAUAAUAUCUUCUAUAGUUAAAAAAGAAGGUCUCCUAGCUUUUUAUUCAGGUUUAUCUGCUGGUUUAUUACGCCAAGGUACUUAUACAACUACAAGACUUGGUGUAAACGCGUGGCUAUAUGAAAUUGCCUCAAAGGAAGGUUACUCAGGUUUUACAGUAAAGGCAUUGAUAGGUAGUAUUGCUGGUUGUGUAGGAGCAUUUGUAGGUACUCCUGCAGAAGUUGCUUUGAUUAGAAUGACCGCAGAUGGCAGAUUACCUAUUGCUGAAAGACGCAAUUAUAAAAAUGUAUUUAAUGCUCUGACUCGUAUAGUCAGAGAGGAAGGUAUUUUAGCAUUAUGGAGGGGUACUGUUCCAACAAUGGGGAGAGCUAUGGUUGUAAAUGCAGCUCAGUUGGGAUCAUAUUCUCAGGCUAAAGAGGUUUUACUUGAUUCUGGCUAUUUUAAAGAGAAUAUUGUAUUACACUUUGUGAGCUCGAUGAUUUCUGGUCUAGUAACAACUGCUGCUUCUAUGCCAGUUGAUAUUGCUAAAACAAGAAUACAGAAUAUGAAAAUUGUGGAUGGUAAACCUGAAUUUAAAGGUACAAUAGAUGUUAUACUGAAAGUUUGUCGAAAUGAGGGAGUAUUUUCAUUGUGGAAAGGUUUCUUGCCCUAUUAUGCUCGUCUAGGUCCACAUACUGUUUUAACAUUCAUUUUCUUAGAGCAAAUGACUAAUGCAUACAAAACUUAUUGUAUAAAGUCAUAAAUAGGAUUUCAACUUGAUACAUGUAUACAUAAAAAAUUAGCACCUGCAGAGAUAUUCCAAUCCCUUGUAAUUAUUUUUCAGUUCAUAUUUUCUUUUUGUAAUGAAUUUUUGGAUACCAUAUGUUGGCAAUGUAACAUUUACUCUUCCAGUAGAAUCACUAUUUUUUACAUAUGUGCACACCUUUUACUUGGAUAAAAAUAUUUAGACUAUUUUCUAGUAUAAAUUUUGUGCAAUUGUUAAUUUAAGUAUGUAUGUAUGUGUCUAAUAUUUUUAUGAUAAAUUUAAAUCAACUUUGUUGAUAUACAGAAAACAAUACAUUCUAGA